AUGGGUGACGCUCACGCCUUAGCUGCUCUCGAUACCAUAUCGCAUUCAAACACCGCCUUCACUGUGGAUCUGUAUAAGGUACUGGGGAAUGAACCAGGGAAUCUGUUUUUCUCGCCCCUAAGCAUUCAAGUAGUUCUCGCUUUGGUAUAUUUCGGAGCAAAAGGCAACACAGCAAAGGAGUUACAGAGGGGUUUGCACCUGCCCAGCGACAAGAUGGUCACAGGCAAUGAAAUUAACGCCCUUAUGCACCGGCUAAAUGAAUCUGAAAAUGUAUUACUUGACAUCGCCAACAAAAUAUAUCUUCUGCAUGAUUUCGAAAUCAAGAAGGAAUUCCGGCAAACGGCUGACAGGUUCCUUGCUGGAGUCGAGCAGCUCAGCUUUGGUGAUGUAGAACAGUCCAGGAAAACAAUUAAUGACUGGAUUGAAGAUAAAACUCAUGGAAGGAUAAAAGAUAUAAUUGGAAAAGACAAACUUGUUUUUAUGGUACUAAAGUGCAAACUUUUCUGCCAGGAAUCUGAAAAUGUAUUACUUGACAUCGCCAACAAAAUAUAUCUUCUGCAUGAUUUCGAAAUCAAGAAGGAAUUCCGGCAAACGGCUGACAGGUUCCUUGCUGGAGUCGAGCAGCUCAGCUUUGGUGAUGUAGAACAGUCCAGGAAAACAAUUAAUGACUGGAUUGAAGAUAAAACUCAUGGAAGGAUAAAAGAUAUAAUUGGAAAAGAUACUUUGGAUGCUUACACACUCAUGGUGGUUGUCAACGCGAUUUACUUUAAGGGUGAAUGGCACAGGGUAUUUUCCGAGGACACAACAAAGCCUGCACCUUUCCAUUUACCGUCCGGAACGACAGAAGAUGUUGACAUGAUGUUCAUCGAGGACUAUUUCUCGUAUGCUGAUGUAAAUGAACUAAAUUCGCAGGCGCUUAUGCUUCCUUACAAGCUCGGGAUGGGAUCCAUGUUCGAUGCGGGCAAAGCGAACUUGUCUGGCAUUGGUGAUCGACACCUUGUAGUAAGCAAGGUCAUACACAAAGCAUUCAUAGAGGUCAAUGAGAAAGGUACCGAAGCAGCAGCCGCAACAGUUCUCGUAGGAGGCGGUCUUGGUGGUUUCCCACCCAUCGUCUUCAAGGCCGACCACCCCUACAUGUUCCUCAUAGUGGAUGAUGCCACCAAGACGGUCCUUUUCGCCGGACGACUUGCAUCACCUUCUAUGUAA